AUGUCUGGUAUUCAGCAACUAAAGAAGUUACGGCCACUAGGCAAACUCGAGCAAGUAUCUGCAUCUUGCCACCACCUAGGAUUCUUCAACAAUGUCGGUCUCUCGGCCCACUACCAAGUCCCGAGGUCCUUUUCUCUGGCUGCAUCCGACUUACGUGGACUUGUCUACGCUGCGGCUGGAGAUGUGAUUAGCAAGCAUCCUGUAUUAUUCGCCAUACCUGUCGACGAAGACAGCCCCAAUGCCUAUUUUGCCUCUCUUCCCUCAAUUGAUCUCAAUAAGAGUAUCGAAUUCCUCACACGUUCCCAGCCUUUGGAUACCCUCAUCGAAGGACAAGACGAAGAACUUGAUGCCAUCCUCGAAUACCAGCACAAUACUAACUUUAAAGAAAAUUAUGGAAUAGCGCCAUUCUGGCGUUUAAUUAUCCUCCAAGACGCUGGAGGAGAUAUGAAUUUUACGGCAUCAUUCAUCUACCACCACGCCAUUGGCGAUGGCAUCUCUGGCCUGGUGUUCCACAAUACAUUCCUCGAUGCAUUAGAGAUAUUUUCGUCUCAUCUUUCAUCUGGUCUCCAGAGUAAGGAGAUAAUUACACCAGCGGAAGAUGUUCAAAUUCUACCAGCUCUCGGCGAACUACACCCUCUGCCGAUUGACCCAAACCCCUCAUCCCAUUCUGCGACAAAUCUGAACGAGUGGACUGGCAACCCCAUCCGCUGCCCUUCAUCUGCUGUAUCAUCUACCAUUGCCACGGCCCUAUUUCGUAUACUUCCGCCUGACGUUGAAAGUCUUACGUGUAUCAUUCCCGUCAACUUACGGCCCUGGCUCCAACUAUCUGGUGAGAGCACUAAAGCUGCUAUGGGCAGUUACAUUGAUGCCACCAGAGUACAAUUCACACGGCCUGGCAAACACUCUGGGGAUUAUGGCUUGGGAAACGAUAUAUGGUCUGGUGCUCGGCAAGCAUCAAAAAGAAUUAGACUUUACCUCGACAACGUCUCGCCUUCUGGAGAGCCUUAUACGGCUGUUUCAGUAUUGGAGACUGUUCCAGAUAUAUCGGCCAUCUUCACCUCGAUUGUUGGAAAAUCUCGCGACGCAGCGUUUGAAGUAACAAACGUUGGGCUUUUCUCUUCCACGGCUACGUCUGAGAGGAAGGCCGAUCCUUGUUGGCAAGUGGGAAAAGUUCUGCUCAGUCGAAGUUCUUUAGUGUCAGGUGCUGCAAUCACUAUUAAUAUCGCUACUGGAGGAGAUGGAUCAAUGACAGUGGGGUUUAGCUGGCAAGAAGGCGUUGUUGAGGAUGGUCUUGUAGGAAAAGUCAUCCAAGAGGUCAAGGAAUUUUUUGAAGACAAUUGUUAA